AUGGCGGACAACUUGAACCUGUUGGGGGUGGUGGGCACUUGGAUAGCGGCUGUCCUUGGAAUUAUCGCGCUCGCCGGCAUCUUGCCUGUCUAUGUCCUCUACCGGCAGACGCAAACUGAGCGCCAUAUUGCGCUCAGCAAGGUGCAUGACCCUCAUAAGACGUACAUAACCGCGGGAUACUCGCUAUGGCCGGGAAGGCGGUUCUUCCGAUCAUACAGUGUGCCCGACCUGACAGGCCCUCCAACAUGGUCGCAGCUUACAGUCGUUGCAAGGGGGCGCUGCGAGGGGUUUGGAACAAAUAUUUUACGAUCUUUGACAGGGUGGGUAAAUUUUGCAAAUAUCCUGCAGGUAUACGACAUCAAGCCAGCCGGUUCCAAGGGGAAAUUGACCUUCGCCCGUCAAGAAGCCUUACUGCCUGUCCAUCGCGGUCUGUUGUUGCUGCUGGGAAUAAUUGACCGGUACUCGGAUCAGACGCAUCGGCCCGACAAGGGCCUGUUUGUUGGUGAAGCAGAAGAGGCAGAGAUGGAGGAGUUUGGGCCCGGGGCCAUCUUUGGCAUUAGCGGCGUACUUGAACGUAUUCUCGCGUCGCCUUUACUGCAGGAAGAUGUCGAGUCUGGUCCCAGAGCGGUGGAUAAAGUGGUGUUUCGGAUGCAUUCCGUACAGCACAUGGCCAGAGUAUCGGAUUCUUUUCUACAUGGCGACGAUAUGGAUAUUCCAUCGUUGGUUGCCUUAUAUCUUGGCUAUCUGGUUAGCGUUGAUGGGAAAGAGCAUUAUGACCUUGAGACGCCGGAUACCAUGCUACCUGUGUACACUUCGAGCCACCGACGUGGUCCGGAUGAGGAUGAUUCUCAUAAGAUCUGGAUCUGGGACGAGAAACCACUGGACAGUCUACCGUCUCAACAAAGGAGACUGAUGCAAGAGCUGGGAAUUAAACUGCCGCGAGUCUUGAAGCUGAAGGAAAUCGUAGCUCCCAACCAAGACAUCUUCAGCCAGAUGCCCCAUGAUGCUGCUCAAAGCUAUCAAGUUAUUUCGCACAAGGGGCAAGGAAUCUGGAUGACUCGGUCCAGUUUACAUACUCUGGUGCUUGCGGUUUUGAGACUUAAAAUUACUCCGCAGUCGUUUCUUUUCAAUGACCCGCCCAUUGGCCACAACAUAUUGAGCCAUUUAUUUUACUCGGGAAAUUUAAGGAUCUUCGCCGAGUCGACGGAAAAGUUUAGUAGGAACUUGGAUGGCCUCACACAAAGGGAAAAACAGGAGCUGGAACGAUCCUUGCUGAAUUUGAAAGAAAAUGCACCCGAAGACGAUACUGAGAUGGACUGGAGCCGUACGAGAAUGGACGCCUGCAUCUCACUGGACAAGGUGCUGAAUGAGAUUUGCCAAAAAAGGGGCAACCUUCUCUGUUGCAUUAUCUCCAUCCUGUAUAUGCAAGAAGGUGACUUUCGAUUUAUAUGCAAUAGAUACAGAAGAUCCGACUACGAUGACCCCGAAGUGCUUGCGAGGCAAUUCAUGGUGGACUUGUCGUCUAAAAAGGUCCUGGCGCCACUACCUUAUAUUGACGGCAAGCCUGAAUUCGAGCAGUUCUAUUUUGAUUUCCCGACAGUCUUCUCGGACGCCGAGUUACUUGACGUCUGGCCGUCGCCUAUGAACAGGUAUCCAGUGCCUAUUUCGUUGCCGCUCGUCAUGAUGGCAUCUCUGCGGGGACACUUGAGGAUGGCUAUGUGGGACAUGAAACUGCCUAGCUCACCACUGGUCGAUUUCUAUCGAACGCUGCGCAGUGGUAUCGUGCAUAUUGCGCCCCAGGAAAUACCACCACCAGGCUCUCUCUUGACGGAAUUCUUUCCUCAUCCUCCUCCUCCUCCUCCUCCUCCUCCUCCUCUUCUUCCUGUGCCUGAAGAUACAUACCAACUUUCUCGAGCCGGCAGCCCUGAAUAUGAGCCGCGUCAGCCCGGCGAUUAUAGAAGGAGAAUUUAUAUCGAAAGCGAAUAUUCCCUGUCUGCUGACUCCACCCGAACAGAUUCCGCCAUUACAACAUCAUCAUUCGCCCUGGAAGGCCACGCCGAAGAUGGCUACGUGACCGCUCCAGAAGAAGAUGCAGACGACGAGGUAACUGUUGCCAUAAGGCAAAAGCCACUACCGCCACCAUCGCCGGAGAAUCCUGUCCCAUCUUCUUCUGCGUCAUCACAACAUGCUGACCCAGCUCUUCUCUCGCAUGAUGAAGACGCAAAAUGCGUAGUUCAGCUUUCUGUCCUGAGAAACUUGUUGACUAGCGAUGAGGCGGUCAGAGUAAAAGGUCUCGAAAACAUCGAGAGAUCUAUAGACAGACAAAGAAGAGAGUGGCAGACGCAUGCGGGAAUAAUAGCAUACAAAGACCGAGAAGAGAGGGAAAGGGCCUCAAUGUAUGCUCUUGAUCGAGAGUACCCUACUACGAGACCUGGUCAGCGUCGGCGGUACAGAGAGUUCCCUUCUGACGGACCUAAGCGCAGGUCAGGAUCGCGUCGUGAUGGCAAACAAAAGGAUCCAGCUUGGAUGAGUAUACUUGACCCACGAAAUGAAGAACCUACGGAAGAAGUACUCAGGGGUAUAAUUGGGGUAACACGGCGUCAUCGGAAAGAGAAUAAAAGCCUCCAGUUCGAUGAUACCCCGAUUAGGGCUCGCCGGUAG